AUGCAAUCCCCCCUUCCCAAAAUUAAAAAGGAAAGAAAAAGAAAAGCAAAAAGUCCGCAGGUUGCCAUCCAGCCUGCUUGCCCCUCACUGCCACGACCAUGUGUGCCAGGCAUUCAAUGUCUGGUUCAAAUGUUCAAAUGUUCGAAUGUCGGGUGUGGUGUCUGGUCUGCGAAAGGAACAUUGAACCAGUCCCGUCCAGACAUCAAAUUGGGAAACAGCAGAAUUCCAGCUACUAUUAGAGAUAGCAUGACAUUGGCGAUUGUGUUCAACCGACUCCUAGCCUGUCAAGCGAUCAAGUGGGCAAAACUGCAUGUGCUGCAUAUAUACGCAAAACUGCGCAUCAAGAGUUCUAGACCAUCUACCCUACAUAAAUCUGGUUUGACUUUGAGACUGUGA